UCUUCUGUUUAUAGGGAACACGGGUCUGGCUGAGAGAAAAUGGCCAGCAUUUUCCGAGUACUGUAAACUCCUGCGCAGAGGGCGUCGUGGUCUUCCGGACAGACUAUGGUCAGGUCUUCACGUACAAGCAGAGCACGAUCACCCAGCAGAAGGUGACCGCUAUGCACCCCAUGCACGAGGAGGGCGUAGACGACAUGGCCUCCCUGACAGAGCUGCACGCCGGCUCCAUCAUGCACAACCUGUUCCAGCGCUACAGGAGAAACCAGAUCUACACCUACAUCGGCUCCAUCCUCGCCUCCGUGAACCCCUACCAGCCCAUCGCCGGCCUGUACGAGGGCGCCACCAUGGAGCGCUACAGCAGGCGCCACCUGGGCGAGCUCCCGCCGCACAUCUUCGCCAUCGCCAACGAGUGCUACCGCUGCCUGUGGAGGCGCCACGACAACCAGUGCGUCCUCAUCAGCGGUGAAAGCGGGGCAGGCAAAACCGAAAGCACCAAACUGAUCCUCAAGUUCCUGUCGGCCAUCAGCCAGCAGGCUUUGGAACUGUCAGUGAAGGAGAAGACUUCCUGCGUGGAGCAGGCUAUCCUUGAAAGCAGCCCCAUCAUGGAGGCUUUCGGCAACGCGAAGACGGUGUACAACAACAACUCCAGCCGCUUCGGGAAGUUCGUUCAGCUGCACAUCUGUCAGAGGGGAAAUAUCCAGGGCGGGAAGAUUGUAGAUUAUUUAUUAGAAAAAAACCGAGUAGUAAGGCAAAAUCCAGGGGAAAGGAAUUAUCACAUAUUCUAUGCACUGCUGGCUGGGCUGGGUCCCGGAGAGAGAGAAGAAUUUUAUUUAUCUGUGCCAGAAAACUACCAUUACUUGAAUCAGUCUGGAUGUAUAGAAGAUAAGACAAUCAAUGACCAAGAGUCCUUCAGAGAAGUUAUUACGGCCCUGGAGGUCAUGCAGUUCAGCAAGGACGAGGUCCGGGAGGUGCUGCGGCUGCUGGCCGGCAUUCUGCACCUCGGCAACGUGGAGUUCAUCACCGCAGGGGGCGCGCAGGUCUCCUUCAAGACAGCUCUGGGCCGGUCUGCAGAGUUACUUGGGCUGGACCCGACGCAGCUCACGGACGCUCUGACCCAGAGAUCCAUGUUCCUCAGGGGAGAAGAGAUCCUUACGCCGCUCAGCGUCCAGCAGGCAGUGGACAGCAGGGACUCCUUGGCUAUGGCACUUUACGCACGCUGCUUUGAGUGGGUCAUUAAGAAGAUCAACAGCAGGAUCAAAGGCAGAGAUGAUUUCAAGUCUAUCGGCAUCCUCGACAUCUUUGGAUUUGAAAACUUCGAGGUUAACCACUUUGAGCAAUUCAAUAUCAACUAUGCAAAUGAGAAGCUCCAGGAAUACUUCAACAAGCACAUUUUUUCUUUAGAACAACUGGAAUACAGCAGAGAAGGCCUGGUGUGGGAGGACAUUGACUGGAUAGACAAUGGGGAGUGCCUGGACUUGAUUGAGAAGAAACUUGGCCUCCUGGCCCUCAUCAAUGAAGAGAGCCACUUCCCGCAAGCCACGGACAGCACCUUACUGGAGAAGCUGCACCACCAGCACGCGAAUAACCACUUUUAUGUGAAGCCCAGAGUCGCCGUCAACAAUUUCGGAGUGAAACACUACGCGGGAGAGGUGCAGUACGAUGUCCGAGGCAUUUUGGAGAAGAACAGAGACACCUUCCGAGACGACCUGCUCAACUUGCUAAGAGAAAGCCGGUUCGACUUCAUCUACGACCUCUUCGAGCACGUCUCCAGCCGCAGCAGCCAGGACACCCUCAAGUGCGGCAGCAAGCACCGGCGGCCCACGGUCAGCUCGCAGUUCAAGGACUCCCUGCACUCCCUCAUGGCGACGCUGAGCUCCUCCAACCCUUUCUUCAUCCGCUGCAUCAAGCCGAACUCGCAGAAGAUGCCAGACCACUUUGACCAGGCCGUCGUCCUGAACCAGCUGCGCUACUCGGGGAUGCUGGAGACCGUGCGCAUCCGCAAGGCCGGCUACGCUGUCCGGAGGCCCUUCCAGGAUUUUUACAAAAGGUAUAAAGUGCUGGCGAGGAACCUGGCCCUGCCCGAGGAUGUGCGUGGGCGGUGCGCGGCGCUGCUGCAGCUCUAUGAUGCCUCCAGCGGCGAGUGGCAGCUCGGGAAGACCAAGGUCUUCCUCCGGGAGUCCUUGGAGCAGAAGCUGGAGAGGCGGCGGGAGGAGGAAGUCACACGGGCGGCCAUGGUGAUCCGGGCCCAUGUCCUGGGCUACUUGGCACGAAAGCACUACAGACAGAUCCUGCGCGGCGUGGUGACGAUCCAGAAGAACGUCCGGGCCUUCCUGCUGCGGCGCAGGUUUCUGCACCUGAAGAGAGCAGCCCUCGUGGUGCAGAAGCGGCUGCGCGGCCAGCGAGCGCGCAGGGCCUUCGGGCGGAUGCUGGCGGAGAAGCGCGCGGAGGAGGCCAGGAAGAGGCGCGAGGAGGAAGAGGAGAGAGAAAGAGAGAGACUGCGGAAAGAAGCGGAGCUCCGGGCCCAGCAGGAGGAAGAGGCCCGGCUGCAGAGCCUGAGGGACGCGGCGCGGAGCCGCGAGCUGCAGAAGCAGCGAGAGAACAAGCAGGUGGAGGAGAUCCUGCGGCUGGAGCGCGAGAUCGAGGACCUGCAGCGCAUGAAGGAGCGGCAGGAGCUGAGCCUGACCGAGGCGUCGCUGCAGCGGCUGCGGCAGCGGCGGGACGAGGAGCUGCGGCGGCUGGAGGACGAGGCCAGCCGGGCGGCGCACGAGUUCCUGGCCGCGCUCAACUUCCACGAGAUCGACGCGUGCGUGCGCGGCCUCGAGCGCUCCCUGGCCGCGGCGCCGGGCAACGGCGCGGGGCCCCCGGGCUUCAACUUCAGCCAGCCCUACCCGGACGAGGAGGACGAGGACGAGGGCUUCGCGGCCGACGACGACGCCUUCAAGGACUCGCCCAACCCCAGUGAGCACGGCCACUCGGACCAGCGCACGAGCGGCAUCCGCACGAGCGACGACUCCUCCGAGGAGGACCCCUACGUGCACGAGGCCGCGGGGGCCCCGGGGGACCCCGAGCCGCCCCCCGACCCGCACGAGGCCACCUACUGCGAGCCGGGCGAGGCCCCGCCCGGGGACCAGGAUGAGGACGACUACGACGACGGCGCGGUCACCUCCGGCAGCAGCGUCACCUUCUCCAACUCCUACGGCAGCCAGUGGUCCCCCGACUACCGCUGCUCCGUGGGCACCUGCAACAGCUCGGGCGCCUACGGCCUCAGCUCCGAGGGCGCGCAGUCCUCGUUUGAAGACAGUGAAGAAGACUUUGACUCCAGGUUCGACACGGAUGAUGAGCUGUCCUACCGCCGGGACUCUGUGUACAGCUGUGUCACGCUGCCUUACUUCCAUAGCUUCCUGUACAUGAAAGGGGGCCUCAUGAACUCCUGGAAGCGCCGCUGGUGCGUGCUCAAGGACGAGACCUUCCUGUGGUUCCGCUCCAAGCAGGAGGCCCUCAAGCAGGGCUGGCUGCACAAGAAGGGCGGCGGCUCGUCCACACUGUCGCGGAGGAACUGGAAGAGGCGCUGGUUCGUGCUGCGCCAGGCCAAGCUGAUGUACUUCGAGAACGACAGCGAGGAGAAGCUCAAGGGCACCAUCGAGGUCCGGACUGCCAGAGAGAUCAUCGAUAACACCAGCAAGGAGAACGGGAUCGACAUCAUCAUGGGCGACCGGACCUUCCACCUGAUCGCCGAGUCCCCGGAAGAUGCCAGCCAGUGGUUCAGCGUGCUGAGCCAGGUGCACGCAUCCACCGACCAGGAGAUCCGGGAGAUGCAGGACGAGCAGGCCAACCCGCAGAACGCCGUGGGCACGCUGGAUGUGGGGCUGAUCGAUUCCGUGUGUGCCUCCGACAACCCCGACAGGCCCAACUCGUUCGUGAUCAUCACGGCCAACCGCGUGCUGCACUGCAACGCUGACGCGCCCGAGGAGAUGCACCACUGGAUCACGCUGCUGCAGCGCUGCAAGGGCGACGCGCGCGUGGAGGGCCAGGAGUUCAUCGUGCGAGGAUGGCUGCACAAAGAGGUCAAGAACAGCCCGAAGAUGUCUUCGCUGAAGCUGAAGAAGCGCUGGUUCGUCCUGACCCACAACUCCCUGGACUAUUACAAGAGCUCGGAGAAGAACUCGCUGAAGCUGGGCACGCUGGUUCUCAACAGCCUCUGCUCGGUCGUGCCCCCGGACGAGAAGAUCUUCAAAGAGACAGGCUACUGGAACAUCACCGUGUACGGGCGCAAGCACUGUUACCGGCUCUACACCAAGCUGCUCAACGAGGCCACCAGGUGGGCCAGCGCCAUUCAGAACGUGACCGACAGCAAGGCCCCCAUAGACACCCCGACCCAGCAGCUGAUCCAGGACAUCAAGGAGAACUGCCUGAACGCCGACGUGGUGGAGCAGAUCUACAAGCGGAACCCGAUCCUGCGCUACACCCACCACCCCCUGCACUCGCCGCUGCUGCCGCUUCCCUACGGGGACAUCAACCUCAACCUGCUCAAGGACAAGGGCUACACCACCCUGCAGGACGAGGCCGUCAAGCUCUUCCACUCGCUGCAGCAGCUGGAGUCCGUGUCCGACCCGGUGCCCAUCAUCCAGGGCAUCCUGCAGACGGGCCACGACCUCCGGCCGCUGCGGGACGAGCUGUACUGCCAGCUCAUCAAGCAGACCACCAACGUGCCGCAGCCGGGCAGCGCGGGCCACCUGUACAGCUGGCAGAUCCUCGCCUGCCUGGGCUGCACCUUCCUGCCCAGCCGCGGGAUCCUCAAGUACCUCAAGUUCCACCUGAAAAGGAUCCGGGAACAGUUUCCAGGAACUGAGAUGGAAAAGUACGCCCUCUUCAUCUACGAAUCUCUGAAGAAGACCAAGUGCAGAGAGUUCGUGCCCUCCCGCGACGAGAUCGAGGCGCUGAUCCACAGGCAGGAGAUGACGUCCACGGUGUACUGCCACGGCGGCGGGUCCUGCAAGAUCACCAUCAACUCGCACACGACGGCCGGGGAGGUGGUGGAGAAGCUGAUCCGUGGCCUGGCCAUGGAGGACAGCAGGAACAUGUUCGCGCUAUUCGAGCACAAUGGCCGCGUGCACAAGGCCAUCGAGAGCCGCACCAUCGUGGCGGAUGUGCUGGCCAAGUUCGAAAAGCUGGCUGCCACGCCCGACGCAGGGGACCUGCCAUGGAAAUUCUACUUCAAACUCUACUGCUUCCUGGACACGGACAACGUGCCGAAGGACAGCGUGGAGUUCGCCUUCAUGUUUGAGCAGUGCAAGGAGGGCGGCUUCCCGCAGGAGCUGUGGCUGGGGGUGAGUGCAGACGCUGUGUCCGUAUACAAGCGAGGCGAGGGCCGGCCUCUGGAAGUCUUCCAGUAUGAGCACAUCCUCUCCUUCGGGGCGCCCCAGGCCAACACCUACAAGAUCGUGGUGGAUGAGCGGGAGCUUCUCUUCGAGACCAGCGAGGUGGUGGACGUGGCCAAGCUCAUGAAGGCCUACAUCAGCAUGAUCGUGAAGAAGCGCUACAGCACCACGCGCUCCCUGAGCAGCCAGGGCAGCUCCAGGUGAAGGCGCCGGCGGCACACCCAGCUCUGAUGUCAGCUCGCACCGCCCGCCCCGCUGGGCUGCUCCGGUCCCCAGCUGGGCCGCGGCGGGCAGAGGUGCCCGGCUCCCCGGAAGCCCUGGAAGGAAGGAGUCUCAGGGUCCUUCCGCCCCACCAACUGCAGUGACCGCGUACUGAGCUGUCCGCCGAACAGUCUGCACAAUUUCCAAAGCUUUACUACUCUACGCGACACAUGCCUUAAAAAAGAAAGGGGAGAGAAGCCACACCGCCACCAAAGCAGCCAGCAGUGCCUUACCUUGCAGACCCAACCCUCCUCGACCUUGACCUCGACCGUCCUACUGAAGGGAGCCGCCUGCGGAGCUCGCAGGGAAGGGGUCUGUCCAUCCGCUGUGCACUCAGCUCCCCGCCUGAUUCCCCCACAGGAAGGUGGGGGAGGGAGGGGACGGUGUGGCCGGAGCGCUGCUGGCAGCCUCCCCGGCACGCGUGUCCGCUCAGUGCUUCGUCCUGUUGCCGGCGUCUGUGCUUGCACACGGCGCACGUUCAAAAACUCACGCUUUUACUGCAAGCAUUACACACAAAGGGAAGAGGAUGUGCAAUGGUGUAAACAGUGUAUAUUUUCCUAGUUCAGAGUUCCAGUCUGAAGCCCUUACUUUCGAGGCGGUUUUGUUACCAGCCGGGUUCCUGGACUUCCCCGCCUUUGCUUUUGACUGGGUUGGUUUCCCUGAGGCCAGGUCUGCUGCAUUGGGUCAGGUCACAGCCUGCGGGGUAGCUGUAUUUAUAGACCGCUCGCCCCGCUGCGGAGCUGUGUUUAGACAGUAUGAAGUCACUGCCCAGCCUUUCAUUUCUAGAUCAGUUACGCUAAAAGAGUCCUUUCCUUGAAGGUUAGUGUGCGUCCCUCUGGACGGGGGACGGCGGUCGCCACGCUGACCCCGGGAGCUGCCGUGUGCCUGAGCGCUGUGGCAGGAACCCGUGGGAAGCGCCCUCACCGAUGUGGAGGCUUCGAUAAAGUGUAAGCGUAUUUUAUCCCGAGUUUACAGUGGGGUCCGGGUGAGGCACCUGUACAUAAAUCAGCACCGAUGGCCAGAGGAAAAAUAAUCUGGACUUGGACUUCUAUUUUUAUAUGGAGAAAUUAUAAGGACUUGGGCCAUCUCGGUCCACCCACGAAGGAAACAGCAAUUUCCCUGACCCCUGACCCCUGACCCCUGACCCUUUGCCCUCCUGGCAGCCACACGAACCCAGGUGCUGCCUGUUUCAGGCUGACAAUAAAAGACGUGAGCCAUA